AUGGCUUCCUCGCCUCAGAAGUCUCCGUCCUCCCCGAAAUCUCCGACGCCCAAGUCUCCGUCCUCCCGAAAGAAAGAUGACUCUUUUCUGGGAAAACUUGGUGGUACUUUGGCUAGAAGGAAAAAAGCUAAAGAAGUGUCCGAGCUGCAGGAGGAGGGCAUCAACGCCAUCAACCUGCCCCUCAGCCCCUCGCAGUACGAGCUGGACCCCGAGGACACCAUGCUGGAGGAGAACGAAGUGCGCACCAUGGUGGACCCCAACUCCAAGAACGACUGCAAACUGCAGGAGCUGAUGAAGGUGCUGAUCGACUGGAUAAACGACGUCCUGGUGGGGGAGAGGAUCAUCGUGAAGGACCUGGCUGAAGACCUGUACGACGGGCAGGUUCUGCAGAAGCUGUUUGAGAAGCUGGAGGGGGAGAAGCUGAACGUGGCCGAGGUGACCCAGUCCGAGAUCGCCCAGAAGCAGAAGCUGCAGACGGUCCUGGAGCGCAUCAACGACUCGCUCAAGCUGUCCACCCGGAGCAUCCGCUGGAACGUGGACUGUAAGGAAAACCUCCACCACUCUCCAUUAGAGCUUCCUUCUGAGGGGCGGGGCCUAUUUUAUCCCCACGCCGCUCGCUCUCCGGUUGAAGGCCGUAGAGACAACGAUAGAGAUCUGUCCCCCGCCGCCCGUCACGACUCCGGAACAGAGUCUUAG